AUGCAUGAACCCAGCCAUAGAUUUUUAUCAAAGAAUGUUCUAGAAUUCAAUGAAAAGAUUGAGGAAGUCAAUUAUACAUUGGAAGAUAUCUUUGAUGUUUUUUCUAAUGAUACUGGAAAUGUGACUGGAGUUAUUGAUGGAGAGCAAGCGGUGAACAACUGGUGGGCUUUGAUAGCUAUAAUGCUAGUAGUUUGUACCGCGGCGGGGAAUGUUCUAGUGUGUCUGGCGAUAUAUUUAGAAAGGAGACUGCAGAAUGUGACCAAUUAUUUCCUCAUGUCACUGGCUAUUACUGAUCUGCUUGUUGCGAUUCUGGUGAUGCCGCUUGGAAUUCUUACGUUGCUUCGAGGUUACUUCCCGCUGCCCGCUAUUUACUGCUUGUGUUGGCUCUGUCUCGACGUGCUACUCUGUACGGCGUCGAUCAUGCAUCUAUGCACCAUUAGUGUCGACAGGUACCUCUCCCUCCGGUAUCCGAUGAGGUUCGGACGAAACAAAACUAGAAAAAGAGUGACCGUGAAGAUCGCCUUUGUGUGGAUGUUAUCAUCAGCUAUGAGUCUUCCAUUGGUUUUAAAAUAUUCUAAGAAUGCAGAUUCAGUCCUCAUCGACGGUUCCUGUCAAGUACCAGAUAAUUUGUACAAGGCUAUCGGCUCUAUCAUCUCCUUCUACAUUCCAUUAGGCGUCAUGCUGCUGACAUAUGCCUUGACAAUUCAGCUUCUAGCGAGACAAAGAAAGGGUCUUGGAGCUGGCUGGGCACCUGGAUGGCUUGGCGCUCCUCCUAUUGAUAAAGAGAUAGAGAUAGAGAUAGAGAUAGAGAUAGAGAUAGAGAUAGAGAUAGAGAUAGAGAUAGAGAUAGAGAUAGAGAUAGAGAUAGAGAUAGAGAUAGAGAUAGAGAUAGAGAUAGAGAUAGAGAUAGAGAUAGAGAUAGAGAUAGAGAUAGAGAUAGAGAUAGAGAUAGAGAUAGAGAUAGAGAUAGAGAUAGAGAUAGAGAUAGAGAUAGAGAUAGAGAUAGAGAGAGAUAGAGAUAGAGAUAGAGAUAGAGAUAGAGAUAGAGAUAGAGAUAGAGAUAGAGAUAGAGAUAGAGAUAGAGAUAGAGAUAGAGAUAGAGAUAGAGUGGACAAUGCCAAACGAGGCUAUGGAUUAGCUGAUGGUAAGCAUUUGGCGCUGCCUAUGAACACGAGUAAAGAAGAGUUACGAGUGGGUUUCCUGCCUUGUGGGGGUCGACGCUGCACAUGGCGAAGAUUCCUAGGUCCUCGAGGUGGAACGCCACAACAUUCUGCAGCGUCAACUGAGACUGAGCUGCCUCCAAUAGACACAAGAGAUCUUUGGAUACAGGAUUCAAGCGAGCCUGCCCCGUCAGCAAUGACAGCACUGCAUCAGUUUGGGGCAGAGAUGUUGCGUCUAUCUCGCGGCUUGGAAGCUUCUGCGGCGACAAAGCCACAAUACAGAGGGACGAACAUAUCUGAACGUGGUGGGAUGCUCACUCCAGGGUCUCUGAGCGUUUCAUCGAGUUCACCAUCGUCGAUGCUCCAAGACCGACGAAGACCAUCGUCUACUGGAGAGCCAAACACUCCGCUUCAUAGGCCAAGAAGUGCGUCUGAUGAUGAAAGUAAUGAAGGUCUCUUAGCUCCCGCAGCUUUAACCGCAAAAUCGCGUAGUUCAGAAGACGGUCUACUUUUGCCGCCUCCGUGUACGUGUCCAUAUUUCGGUUCAGAGUCUACUCCACCUAGACGGACUACCGAAGUAAUUAUAGUUCCUGGUGGAGACAUAAAUGGAUGCAAUGGGUAUCCAAGGAACGGGAACAUGAAAGAAGAACAGUCAACUCCAUUUUUUAGAAGGUCUAGUCGUGGUGCUGCUUCUAUGGUGACUUGGGACGAAGCGAAGCGAUUUCGCAGAGGUUCAAGUUUCGGGGGUGCUAGGACUACACUUUCCACUCCGAUCCGCAGUAUACGUGCCCAAAGAACUAUAGCUAGAUCACAGCAAGUGACCGCUAGUCCACAACGCCAAACACCUAGGACGCAUCAUUCUAGAAAUUCAAGUGUUAUUUCCAGAAAUUCCUCCCGUCACGGAAGGAUCCUGCGGUUAGAGCAAAAAGCAACAAAUCUUAGGAGUUGUAUUUUUCACGUUUGUAAUUCUGUGGGCUCCAUUUUUCAUUCUGAAUAUGGUGCCGGCUGUGUGUCCUGA